AUGCUGCUGCAUGGAAAGGCCCGCCAGCCCCGCCUGGGCCUGUGGGGGGCCACUCUCAGCCUUCCGAGCACAGUCCCUUCCCUGCCACUUCUCUCUGUGCUGCUUUGGGGUGCUCUCCGGUGGGCUGGCUCCCUCCCUGAUCGGGCCUGGGGGACAGAGACCUUCACUCUGGGGGUGCUGGGUCCCUGGGACUGUGACCUCAUCUUUGCCCAGGCCCUCCCCAGUGUGGCUGCCCAGCUGGCUGUGGACCCCAACCAGGACCGCUCACUGAUGCUGGGCUCACGCCUGGCUUCCAUGGUUCUUCCCAUGGGCUGGGACAGCCCUAGUGCCCUGGCCACAUUCCUGGCCCACAAGAACACCAUGGCUGCUUUCGUGGGUCCUGUCAGUCCUGGUAACUGUCCAGCUGCAGCUCUGCUGGCCCGAGGCUGGGGCAAGACCCUCUUCUCCUGGGCGUGUGGGGAUGCAGGGGGAGGAGGUGAGCUGGUGCCCACCUUGCCUUUGGCUGUCCACGUGCUGCUCUCUGUCAUGAGACACUUUGGCUGGGCUCACGUGCCCAUCGUGUCCUCCCAUCAGGACAUCAGGCUGGCUACUGCCCAGCAGGUGGCCAUACUCAGGACACACGGGCUGCCUGUGGGGCUGGUGACCUCUCUGGGACCUGGGGAGCAGGGGGCCACGGAGGUCCCGAAGCAGCUUUGCAGUGUGGAUGGCCUGAAAACCCCGGACUCUCACCCGGUUGUGGUGCUGUGCAUGCACUCAGCGCCUGGAGGCUCCAAGCAGACCGCCCUGCUGAGCAGGCCAUGGGCCCGGGGCCUGACAGACGGGAGGCUGGCCUUCCUGCCCUACGACACGCUGCUCUUCACCUUGCCCUCCCGUGACCGCUCCUAUCGGGCCCUGGGCGCUGGCGGGCCCCUGCAGGAGGCGUGCGAUGCUGCGCUGCCCAUCAGCUUGGAGUCUAGCCUCAGAGACAAGGCCUUUGAAGCUUCUGGGGCAGAUGGAGAGGCGGCUGGGCACCUGGAGCCAGAGCAGGUGUCCCCGCUCUUUGGAACCAUCUGUGAUGCUGUUGUCCUGCUGGCCCACGCCCUGAGCCGCUCUGAGAGCCAUGGGGCAGGACUCUCAGGGGCCCACUUGGGGGACCACACAGGGCCUCUGGAUGUGGCUGGCUUUAGCCAGAGGAUCUGGACAGAUGAGAAGGGGAGGAGGCUGGCUCAGUACGUCAUUUUGAACACAGGUGGUCGGGGAAGCCAGCUGGUUCCCACCCACAUCCUGGACACAGACCCAUGGCAAGUGAAGCCCCUGAACAGAGCUAUCCACUUUCCAGGAGGAGCCCCUCCAGCUUGCAAUUCCAGCUACUGGUUUGACCCUAAUACACUACGCAAGGGGCAGCCCCCCGGAGGCCUCCUUGUACUGGCCCUGGCCUGUGUCCUGGGGCUGGCCGGCAGGGCCCUCACUUGCCUCAUCAGAUGGAGCAUCUGGCAGCUGCAGCUGGUGCAGGGCCCCCACCGGGAGGCCUUGCACCUUCAUCCAGCAGCCCCUGAGCAGACAGCUGUUGACCACACCUAUCGCCUCCAGAGGCUGCAGAUGGACAGUGUGAGUGAAUCAAGAAAUAUGGCAGAUGGCGGGAGUCUGAGGUCUGUGGCUCAGCGGUCAGCAAGGAGCCUACCGGCCCUCCAGGAGCCCGCCAACAUGGCUCUGUACCAGGGAGAGUGGGUGUGGCUGAAGAGAUUUGAAGGUGAAACAGCCCCUGAGCUGCGGCCAAGCUGCCUUAGGGUCCUAAGAAAUAUGCGGGAGCUGCGGCAUGAGAACAUCACCACCUUCCGGGGCUUCUAUGGCCCCUGGGUUAGUGCUCUGGUGUUGGAGCACUGCGCUCAGGGCAACCUGGAGGACCUGCUGAGGAAUGAGGCUCUGCGGCUGGACUGGACCUUCAAGGCCUCCCUGCUGCUGGAUUUGAUCCAUGGGGAGCGGUAUCUACACCAUCAGCAUUUCCCUCAUGGCAGCCUCAAGUCCCGAAACUGCGUGGUGGAUGGGCACUUUGUGCUGAAGCUCACUGACCACGGUUAUGCGGAGCUUCUGGAUGCUCAGGGCUCCCCGCCCCAGCCAGCCCCAGAGGAGCUGCUGUGGACGGCUUCAGAGCUGCUGCAGGGGCCCGGAGCACCCAGGCGGGGCACCUUCAGAGGAGACGCCUUCAGCAUCGGCAUUACCCUGCAGGAGGCACUGACUCGAGGCCCGCCUUACGGUUCCUCGGGGCUCCCAGCGGAACAAAUCAUCAGGAAGGUGGUAUCUCCCCGUCCCCUGUGCCAGCCCCUGGUGGCCCCUGGCCACGGGCCACCUGAGUGCAUCCAGCUAAUGGAGCAGUGCUGGGAGGAGGCUCCAGAGGACAGACCCAGUCUGGACCAGAUCUAUAGCCAGUUCAAAAGCAUCAACCAAGGCAAGAAGACCAGUGUUGCUGACCCUAUGCUGCGGAUGCUGGAGAAGUAUUCCCAAAGCCUGGAGGACCUGAUCCGGGAGCAGACUGAGGAGCUGGAGCUGGAGAGAGAGAGGAUAGAAAGGUUGCUCUCUCGGAUGCUGCCCCUGUGAUCUUUGACUGAAGCUCUGAAGAUGGGGGCAGCUGUGGAGCCAGAGUCCUUUGAUCAGGUUACCAUAUACUUCAGUGACAUGGGCUUUACCACCAUCGCAUCCCUGAGUGAGCCCGUUGAGGUGGUGGGCUUGCUCAAUGACCUCUACACACUGUUUGAUGAGGUUCUGAGCAACCAUGAUGUGUAUAAGGUGGAGACCAUUGGGGAUGCUUACAUGGUGGCCUUGGGACUGCCCAGGUGCAACGGGAGCCGGCACGCGGCCGAGAUUGCCAACAUGGCCCUGGACACCCUCAGCUCUGUGGGCGACUUCCUGAUGAGGCGUGUGCCAACUGUGCUGAUUUGCAUCAGGGCUGGCCCUCACUCACGGCCCUGCGUGGCAGGGGUCGUGGGUGUCACCAUGCCUCGGUAUUGCCUCUUUGGGGACACUCUUAACACCACAUCCCGGAUGGAGUCUACAGGGCUGCCAUACAGAAUUCAUGUCAGCAGAAGCACCUUCGAGACACUGCUCAGCCUUGAUGAAGGCUACAGAAUUGACAUCAGAGGGCAGACUGAGAUAAAGAUGAGAGACUUUCUUUCCCGGGAUUGA